AUGGAAGGAUUGAAAUUUCAUGUCGAACCAGAUUUUAUUUAUGUUGACAGCAAUGAAGAAUUGAUAAAUCUUCAUGAAAUCAUUAAUGAAAAUUUAUUUCCGAUCAUUUUUCGAGUCAAAGUGACGCAUCCUACCGAUUUCCGAGUAAAUCCAACUAGCGGUAUCGUUGGUGCUAAGCAAACUUUAAUGCUCAAAAUCAAGCGUCUUAAAACUGAACCUCGAAGUGAUCGUUUCGAUCUUGAAGCAUUACCAUACAUCGAGGAAUUGCUGCAAACAGAUAAACGUACAACACGAGUACCAUUAAAACAUCGAAUACGCCUAUUUUUUAGCUUUGGAUACGUACCCAUCGUAUAUUCCGUUAGAUACAAGCAAGUUGAACCAUGGGAUGCCAUAUUUCCUGCGCUAGACGAUCCUGACAAUCUCAAAAUUUCACCUCAUCUUUCGCAAAUUUGCAAGGAAGCUGGAAUUACACAGGAAGAAAGAGAACAUUUAACUUUGAAUGAAUUUAUUAUAUUGGAUGCAGCAACAACUCGAACUGAAACAGACUCUAUCCCUUGA